AUGUCUGCGCGCGUGUUCAACAAGGCUGCCCCCGUUGCCCGGGCUUACAUUCGCUAUGCCAGCACCGAAUCUGCUGCUCAGAAGGCCAGCACCUCGACCUCCCAGGGUCUGACCAAGACCCUCUGCGGUCUGUACAAGACUGCCACUGGUAUCCUGGAGCCCGUUCUGUACUACUCGGAGGUUGCUUUCCACGUUUUCAAGCAGACUUUCUACCGCCAGAGCUUCUCGCUCCCGACCAAGGCUGACUUUGCCGUUGUCGAGACCCAGCUGUUCAAGGCGCUCGAGUUUGUCAAGAUCCAGAACCUCAAGAACGUCAAGUCGCUCAAGGACGUCUCGACCGAGAAGUGGAAGAGCGGUGCCAUCAAGGCCUUUGAGCUGUCGUCCCUCUUUGUCAUUGGCGAGGCCGUCGGCCGCGGCAACCUUAUCGGUUACAAGGACUAG